CCUGUCUAGUAGCUGCAGUCUCCGCUCCACCGCCUUCCAUAGACAGCCGUAGUAUCACAUGCCACUGUUCGACUGCAAACGGAGUAACUUUAUACUAGCUUAACAGCCAAACCGACAACAUUUGGACUGCAAGACAAGCUGCUUUCUAGUUCCUACACGUCCCAAAUGGACACUGUUCAGAAAGCGGUGUCUGGAUUUUCUCUAGACCUCGGACCUUUGAAGGAACCUCUUGGAUUUAUUCGUGUCCUAGAAUGGGUCUUUACCAUCUUUGCCUUUGCCACUACUGGAGGUUACUCUGGGACAACCCACUUCAAAGUCAAUUGUCCACUACCCCAGGAUUCAAAAGAUGUAAAUGCUGUGUUUGGCUACCCAUUCAGGUUGGGAGCGCACCCAUAUACGAUGACAUUCUGUAAUGAAACAUCCAACGGCAUGUACCUGCAGGGCAACUUCUCCUCCUCGGCUGAGUUCUUUGUGUGUGUCGGUGUGUUUGGAUUCCUCUAUUGCACCGCCACACUGAUCCUCUAUCUGGGCUACCAGAACGUCUACCGUCAGAGCAGCCGCGGUCCCAUCAUAGACCUUGUGGUGACUGCUGCCUUUGCCUUCCUGUGGCUUGUGUCCUCCUCAGCCUGGGGCAAAGGCCUGACUGAUGUCAAAUGGGCCACUAACCCCAGCCACCUGGUGGAGUCAUGUACUGUUAGUUGCACUGCAGGAGAGUUUCCUUCCAUGGGCCGCCUUAAUGCGUCUGUGAUUUUCGGCUUUUUGAACUUGAUCCUGUGGGCAGGUAACUGCUGGUUCAUUUACAAGGAGACUCCUUUCCACAAGGAUCCCAACCCACCGGCCACCAUGGAGGAAGGCGUCACCCCUGGACCCUAACCAUAUCAUUGAGGGUCCUCAGACAUAGCCACUUACCCACAGAGAAAAACCCACAGAGCUUUAUGCCCCGCAAUGGUCCCUCAUGUUAACCUGCAAUAACGGAGACAAAAGGAUGUCAGCUGUCAUAAAUAUUCCCCUUUAGCUUCAAACACUUAUCUUUAGCCCAACACUAGUCUUUAGCUUAAGGUAUUCAUUGAGCGACAUCUACCACUGUCCUCAACUGUUCAUGCCCGAGAGCUCUGAAAACACUAAAUAUGAAUACAAACUAAAAUACUUUUAAUCUAUGUACAACAGAAGCUGUAGGAGAUGUAGCUUGUGUUUAAACCUAAAUUUGUAUGUAGCAGCAGACCUGCUGUGCAUUUGCUUCCUCAUUAACAAACUUCUCCCUUGAUGUCUGCCCUUCAGGCAGCCACCUGACGAUGAAACUGUGUUGUAGAAAACCAGUCUUUUCUGGUCUCCAGUCAAGGAAAAUGGUGGAAGAUUAAGUGAGAUUAAGUAACCUUUACAUUAAAUAAAAGAAAGUAUUGCCAUACGGAACAUCUAAAAGCAAACAUAGGUGGGAGCAAAUGCACACCCUUUUAAGUAAGGUCCUGCUCUUUUUCCAAGAUGGUCUAAACAAGCCAUUCACUUCAGGUUCAAUAGAUGUGUCAUAGCUUCUUAGUAUGGUAAAUGCUCUCUUUUGUCCAAUUCAGGGAAAAGCUGAUAUCAGAACUAGAAGACUCCACCUCAGAGGCACUAGACCACCUAACAGUGACAUUUCCCAUCCGUCUUCUGAUCUGCUGACACACAGACACACACUUAACCAUGUGGCCAUUGCGGUUUAAACACACUUUGAUUUUCUUAUUACUCUUAUUAUUGCUAAAAGAUGACACUGUACGUAAGAAGAAAAAUCACACUACUGCACUUCCCUACAGCCAUUCUAAGUAUCUUUCUGAUAGAGGUUUCAGGUUGUAAUUGCAUCUUGAUUAUUUUCAACCUGUAUCUGGAACAGAGCAGGCUCACUACAGGUUUACUCCAGUCGCUGUUGUACAUGACCACACAGUGGAGGUGACUGAUAUCAACCCAAAUGAUUUCGUACUUGUUUAAUCAAAACGUUACCCUCAGACUACUCAGUAACACUAAGACUCCUUGUGUGAACUACCUUUUGCAAAAGAUGACUUGCAGUGACAUUAUUUAUACACACUUCAUAUGUUUUUUUUAUUUCAUUAAUUGGUCCGUUUCAUAUAUUUUAAACUAAAGGUGGGUUUCUGUUGUUCCCAGGGGAAACGUUUCAGUGUGCAGCUUCUCUUUUUUUGCAACAAAUGUUCUGUUCAAUUGAUUGUACCGCUUCAUAGCUUUAGACUUAAUCUAGUUAAGAUAAAUUGUGAUUACUGCAUUUCUCUAUGACUCUUGUUUGUAGUUCUGCUCUACAUGUACAGAGUGCCAUAUAUUAAUUACGUUUUUAUAUUGAACUCCUGCUGUUUUUCAGAUUCACUCCUUAGGAAUUUUUGUCAACACGUUGACUAUUUACGUUGCACACAAAGGAAUUUUAAUUCUCGACAAAGUAACUGUGCAUCAAUAGAUUGUUGGGCCAUUGCCUCAGUAGGGAAUAUAUGAGGGUCUGUUUGAGUCAUAAGUAAAGUAAUAUAUUUUGAGAACAUCAUAUUGAAAUUAGACAUGCAUUCAGUGAGGUCAGUUUAAAAAGAUAAAUCUUUGAGUACAUUGAGAUGUAGGAUGUUUAUGUAAUGGUUUGUUGUCAUUGGACUUUAUGUGUUUUAUGCCUUGUUUGUGCAAAAAGAAACAAUGAUCUAUUUGUAUUGUGUGUAAAACAUGAGAGCUGCACCUGCUGGA